GAGUCUGUCGAAUUUCAACUGUCAAGUGUCACAGAUUCAGAUUGCUGUCAGACGUGUCAGACGAAGUAAUAAAUGUCUUAUAAAAUUAAUUUAAUUGUUUUUCCUUGACUCUAAGCUCAGAUUAUAUUCAUAUUAUUCAUUGCUUACUUCGUUCAUAGAUACUGAUUAGUGAAAAUAUUUGUUCUUGUGUACUGUUACACACUUAAAAAUUAUUAUCAUUUAAUCCAAGUUUUUCACUACAAUUGUAUCUACCUAUUAUAAGUGACUAAAAAAGAAUCAAUCUAACAUGAAUUCCCUCUUCUUGAGUCCGGAACAUGUCCUUCAAGGAGGGUACUUUAAUGCUACCCUUCGAAAACUGCAGGAACCCAACACCAGUAUUGAGCCUCAUAAUAUCAUGUAUCCGAUAUUCUUACUGGAGAAUGACGAAGCAGUGCAAGCUGUGUCAAGCAUGCCCAAUGUGUAUAGAUAUGGCAUAAACACCCUAAUGCCAGCACUCACUGAGCUUGUCACGAAGGGACUAAAGUCUAUCCUCAUUUUUGGAAUUGUCGAAACACUGCCUAAGGAUGCCACAGGUUCAAGUGCCGAUGCAGCAGAGAACCCAGUAAUUAAGGCUCUGCCUAAGAUAAAGGCUGCGUUUCCCGAACUUACUAUAGCAUGUGAUGUAUGUCUCUGUCCAUACACCUCACAUGGACAUUGCGGUGUGCUGACGAAAACUGGAGCUAUUGACCAUGCUGCGUCUGUUAAAAGGAUUGCUGAAGUAGCACUAGCUUAUGCUAAAGCUGGGGCCUCCAUCGUGGCCCCAUCUGAUAUGAUGGACAAUAGGAUAAAGGCUAUCAAAAAUGCAUUAGUAGCUAACAGUUUACAAAAUCAGGUGUCUAUAUUGUCGUACUCGUGCAAGUUCGCGUCGUCCAUGUACGGACCGUUCCGCGACACAAUGAAGAGCAGUCCAAUGGCUGGUGACCGCAAGUGUUACCAGCUACCGCCUGGCAGUGCCGGCCUGGCUGCCAGGGCUGCGGCUCGUGAUGUAGCCGAAGGUGCAGAUUUACUGAUGGUAAAACCAGGACUUCCAUACUUGGACAUUGUAAGACAAACCAAGGACAAAUACCCACACCAUCCUCUUUUUAUUUACCAGGUGUCCGGGGAAUAUGUAAUGAUCUCUAACAGUGGAGACAGCAAAGAGGUGGAGAGCCAUCUUAUGGAAACCCUCACGUGUAUGCGAAGAGCUGCAUUGGUCUGCGUGCUCGCGGCGGUAUGCGCCGACGAGAAGAAGGAGAAGGACAAGGAUAUCGGUACCGUGAUCGGUAUCGACUUGGGUACCACGUACUCAUGUGUUGGUGUAUACAAGAAUGGACGUGUGGAAAUCAUUGCUAAUGACCAGGGUAACCGUAUCACUCCAUCAUAUGUGGCGUUCACAGCUGAGGGCGAACGUCUUAUUGGUGAUGCUGCCAAGAACCAGUUGACCACCAACCCUGAAAACACUGUCUUUGAUGCCAAACGUCUUAUCGGUCGUGAAUGGAGUGACAGCACUGUUCAACAUGACGUCAAAUUCUUCCCAUUCAAAGUUGUUGAGAAGAACAGCAAACCUCAUGUUUCAGUGAAGACUGCACAAGGCGACAAAAUCUUUGCUCCUGAAGAAAUUUCCGCCAUGGUCCUAACAAAGAUGAAGGAAACUGCUGAAGCUUACCUCGGCAAGAAGGUUACCCACGCCGUCGUCACCGUACCUGCUUACUUCAACGACGCUCAGCGUCAAGCUACUAAGGAUGCUGGUGUUAUCGCCGGUCUUAAUGUCAUGAGAAUCAUUAAUGAACCUACUGCCGCUGCUAUCGCCUACGGUCUUGACAAAAAAGAAGGUGAAAAGAACGUGCUCGUAUUCGAUUUGGGUGGUGGUACCUUUGACGUGUCUCUUCUUACUAUUGACAAUGGUGUAUUUGAAGUAGUCGCGACCAACGGUGACACUCACUUGGGAGGUGAGGACUUCGACCAGAGAGUUAUGGAACACUUCAUCAAGCUGUACAAGAAGAAGAAGGGCAAGGACAUCAGAAAGGACAACCGUGCUGUGCAGAAACUGCGUCGUGAAGUUGAAAAGGCAAAGAGAGCUCUGUCUUCCAGCCACCAAGUUAAGAUCGAAAUCGAAUCGUUCUUUGAAGGUGACGACUUCUCCGAAACUCUGACCAGAGCUAAGUUUGAAGAGCUGAACAUGGAUCUGUUCAAAUCGACCCUGAAGCCAGUACAGAAGGUAUUGGAAGACGCCGACAUGAACAAAAAAGACGUUGAUGAGAUUGUGCUGGUUGGUGGUUCAACUCGUAUUCCUAAGGUUCAACAGCUGGUCAAGGAGUUCUUCAAUGGUAAAGAGCCAUCCCGAGGUAUCAACCCUGAUGAAGCCGUUGCCUAUGGUGCUGCCGUUCAAGCUGGUGUCCUCAGUGGAGAACAAGACACUGAUGCGAUUGUUCUCCUCGAUGUCAACCCUCUUACCAUGGGUAUCGAGACUGUUGGAGGUGUGAUGACUAAACUGAUCCCUCGUAACACUGUCAUCCCCACAAAAAAAUCUCAGAUAUUCUCUACCGCCAGUGACAACCAACACACCGUAACUAUUCAAGUUUAUGAGGGUGAACGUCCCAUGACUAAAGACAAUCAUUUACUCGGAAAGUUUGAUCUCACUGGUAUUCCACCUGCACCAAGAGGUAUCCCACAAAUUGAAGUAACAUUCGAGAUCGACGCCAAUGGUAUCCUUCAAGUAUCUGCUGAAGAUAAGGGCACAGGAAACAGGGAAAAGAUUGUCAUCACUAACGAUCAGAACAGAUUAACACCUGAGGAUAUCGAGAGGAUGAUCAAGGACGCCGAGAAGUUCGCCGAUGAUGACAAGAAAUUGAAGGAGCGAGUUGAGUCCAGAAACGAACUUGAGAGCUAUGCAUACUCAAUAAAGAACCAGCUCCAGGACAAAGAAAAACUUGGUGCUAAGGUCUCCGAUGAUGACAAGUCUAAGAUGGAAGAAGCGAUCGAUGCUGCGAUCAAAUGGCUCGAAGACAAUCAAGAUGUUGAAGCAGAAGAGUAUAAAAAACAAAAGAAGUCGCUGGAAGACGUCGUUCAGCCCAUCAUCGCGAAACUGUACCAGGGACAAGGAGGCGUGCCUCCCCAGGGCGCGGGUGGCGACGACGACGACUUCAAAGACGAGUUGUAACAUAACAGACUGAGCGAGUGAGCGUAGCCAAAUGUGAUCUCCGUAACAAUCGCUAUAGGUUACGCACAUUGUGACAGAGUGCAAUGUGCGUAAUGUGUAUAAAUGAACGGAUACAAGUGUUUUAGGCGGUGUUGUGUAUAUUUAUUGGUGUGACGAGUGCUUGGGGUGCGGCGGCUGGUGGCUCGUCGAAUGCUCGUAAAUACAAGUCGACCGCCGCGCUUGUGUGAUUGGGUUGUGUGCUCUUAAUGUAUAAAUUGAUGCAUUUUUUAUUUGUAAAGUAAUCAGUCGUGAAUUGUGUGAAGUCUGUCUCUGUAAUACAUACUUCUUCGAGCUUCGAGACCUCUACGAGUCUAGUCUCGGUUCACUCGGAGACUACCUCAGUUGUUUGAUUGUUCAUUCCUGAAUGUAAUUAUUUUGAGACUGCUGAAUUGUUAGGUCUUAAUUAGCAGAUAAUAUAAUAAUUAUGUAGUUAUAAUUUUCAAUUAAAGUACGAGGGAGUACGAAAAUAAAAAAUAUUUCUAUG